AUGCCUCAUAAUGGCAAUACAAAUGGCGAUUCAUCUAAGUUGGACAAAGAGAAGAACCUCAUCAAGAAGCGCCUCGCCUUCAUUCAAGGCACGCGAGAACAUAGCCCAGCAACACGAACAAUCACCGCUACUCGAACAGCCAGCCGCUCUCCAAGCGACAGAGGACAAGCACAAGCAAGUCAACAAGAGGAUGAUGAAGAAACUGAGGAUGAGGACACGGCGCGCCACGAUCGACCCGUGGCAGAGAAAGCAAAGAAGAGGGCCAUACCGAAACUUCGGCCUUCGACGCAACGACACGACAAGAAUGCUACCACCGACUCUGAAACUAGGAGGUCGAGAGCUCCACCGGUGGAGAAUUAUAACACGUCGGCCCAAAAUGAACCUCACGAUGACCGUCGCACACACAAGUCAAGGGAAGAGAUCGACAAACUGGACACACACAGCCAGCAUCCAGCUAGUGACGAAUACGAUGAAGAGCACGAAGAUUCGACCGAAACACCAACUCAAGAACUGGCGAGACUCGGGUUGGUAGCACAGGACAAUGUCUUCAAGGGUUUAACUCUUGAACAGCUGGCGGUUAGAAAUGAUAAUCUAGAUCCUACAGCUCAACCCCGCCGCGGUAACACGAGGAGAAAGCUAGCAGUAAUUGCUAAAGAGGUCCAUCCGCGCGUGAAGAGACCCGAAGACUUGACACGGUUAGUUUUCCUGGCGACCCUCGAUACUCAGACGUGCAGGAAUAUCGUCUCGUACAUUGUCCCAGAGUUCGUCACGACGCCAGGGACAUCGUGGAUCCCGGAGAUGGCUGUUAACAAGGUGCGGACAAACAACAACCGAUAG